AUGAGCAAGUUCAGCUUCUGCAUUGUGUUGUUUCUUUGUUUGCUGGCUAGUACUACAGCCGCUGUCUUUCAGCGUUGUGGCAGGCAAGCCGAUGGCCGGACUUGUCCCCGCUCCCAAUGCUGCAGCAGAAACGGGUUCUGUGGCAUAACUCCUUUCGAUUGUUCUCCUUUCAACAAGUGUCAAAGCAAUUGUAGGAGCUACGUUGGACGCUUUUUGCCCAUUCCUCGCAAUGAAAGUGCCUCUAAUGUUACAGCAACACUCCGCGCUUUCAAUGCCGAGCAAAAUGGAUGGAACUUGACCGCUGCAAACGCUUAUUGCUCACCAUGGAACGGAAAUAAUAGUGUGGAAUGGCGCCGCAAGUAUGGCUGGGCGGCCUUCUGUGGACCUGUUGGACCUCGUGGACAGGCCGCUUGUGGCAAGUGCUUAAGGAUUACGAGGACGGGGACAACUGGUGAGGCAACUGUGCGAAUUGUUGAUGAAUGCAGCAACGGAGGCCUACAGUUGGACGAUGCCGCAUUCAAGCAGCUGGACACUGAUGGAAAUGGCCAAGGCAAAGGUCAACUUUCGGUCAACUACCAGUUUGUCAACUGUGAAGACCUUAUUAACAGUUGA